GACGCGAUAGCCAUGGAGUUCUAUCCGGAAACCGAAGCCUUUGAUACCGGUCGUUUGCGCGUGUCAGACAUCCAUGAGCUGUAUUACGAACAGUCAGGUGCCAGAGAUGGGAACCCAGUAGUUGUGUUACAUGGAGGACCGGGAUCGGGUUUAAACACUAAAGAUCGACGUUUCUUUGACCCCAAAGUGUACAGAGUUAUUCUAUUUGACCAGAGGGGCAGUGGAAAGUCUACUCCUGCAGCUGACCUAAGGGAAAACACAACAUGGCACCUGGUGGCGGAUGUGGAGCGCCUGAGGACUCACCUGGGCAUAGAGAAGUGGGUGGUAUUUGGGGGCAGUUGGGGCUCAGCCCUGGGGCUUGCUUACUCUGAGAGCCACCCAGACAGGGUGAAAGGCAUCAUCAUCAGGGGUAUAUACACCAUCAGCAGGUGGGAGAACAUGUGGGUAAAUCAAGCUGGAGCCAACGCUGUCUUUCCUGAUUACUGGGAGGAUUAUGUCAGUGUGAUUCCUGAAGGUGAGCGUGGUGAUUUGUUGAGUGCAUAUCAUCGACGAAUGACAGGCGAUGAUGCUGAGGAAAAGCUGCUGUGUAUUCGAGCCUGGAACAGGUGGGAAGAUAUUUUGUCACAGCUGGUGGCCGACGAAGAAGAGAUAGAGGCCCGACGACAGCAGAGUGAUUUGGCUGAUCUCCAGCAUGCCGUUACUGAAUGCCACUAUUUUAUACAUGGAGGAUGGCUGAGGUCGGACACACAGCUUUUGGAUGAUGUGGUCAAGAUUCGUCAUCUGCCGGGAAUCAUUAUUCAGGGACGUUAUGACAUGGUCUGUCCCAUGAGGACAGCCUGGGCUCUGCAUAAGCGUUGGCCUGAGGCAGACUUCCAUAUCGUCCCAGAUGGCGGACACACCUCACGGGAACCAGGUGUGGGGCAGAAACUUUUGGAGGCUGCCGAAAAGUUCAAAACACUCUGAUCAUAGCACAGUUAAGCCAUUACUGUUCUUCCUUAUUAAAACUUUAGAAUGUUUCUGUACGUGUAAAAAUACACAUAAAGGCCUUAAAUUAUACUUUGGGUGACUACAUACAGUUUUCUGAUAAGAAAUCAAUAAAACUUUACAAAAGCUCUUAAGUGACCCAAUACAGUGGAUGAAUUAAUCAGAAUCCAGCAAAAUGAAAACUUUACAGCGACAUGUACUGUAUAUAAAUAAGUUAUUUAUUCAUCUCCUAAUUAUGCUGUAUGGUUUACUGAUUCAUCUCCUAAUUAUGCUGUGUGGUUUACUGAUUCAUCUUCUAAUUAUGCUGUGUGGUUUACUGAUUCAUCUCCUAAUUAUACUGUCAUUUACUGAUUAAUUUUCGAGCUAUACUGUCAUUUACGGAAUCACCUCCUAC